UUUCAAAAAGUAACAAGGAAAAAAUAAAACAACAGCCAACCAAGUCAAUCCCAAGCCAACCCCCGGAAGGUCUGAUUUCUCGCCUUCCUCAGAGAGGGGCAUGGCAUCGAACAGCAUCUUCGAUUCCUUCCCGACCUACUCGCCAACCUUCAUCCGCGGGCGACGCUGGAAAGCCAUGUGGCUUUUAUUGCUGGCAGGAAUGUCUGAGGCGUUCCUUCACCACCACAUGAAAUGGAGCCGUAAUCUUCAUCUGCACCCGAGCACCAGCCGCCGCUUCACACCUCCCUCCACGGCCUUCCCCUGCGGCGGCGGCGGCGGCGGCGGCGGCGGCAGCGGCGGCGGCAAGAUGGGCGAGAACAGCGGCGCGCUGAGCGCGCAGGCGGCGGUGGGGCCCGGCGGGCGCGCCCGGCCGGAGGUGCGCUCGAUGGUGGACGUGCUGGCGGACCACGCGGGCGAGCUCGUGCGCACCGACAGCCCCAACUUCCUCUGCUCCGUGCUGCCCUCGCACUGGCGCUGCAACAAGACGCUGCCCGUCGCGUUCAAGGUGGUGGCGCUGGGGGACGUGCCCGACGGAACAGUGGUGACCGUGAUGGCUGGCAAUGAUGAGAAUUACUCUGCGGAGUUGCGUAAUGCCUCGGCGGUCAUGAAGAACCAGGUGGCCAGGUUCAACGACCUUCGCUUCGUGGGCCGCAGUGGGCGAGGGAAGAGUUUCACACUGACCAUCACCGUGUUCACCAACCCCACCCAAGUGGCCACCUACCACCGAGCCAUCAAGGUGACCGUGGAUGGACCCCGAGAACCCAGACGGCACCGGCAGAAGCUGGAGGACCAGACCAAGCCAUUCCCUGACCGCUUCGGGGACCUGGAACGGCUGCGCAUGCGAGUGACGCCGAGCACGCCCAGUCCCCGUGGCUCGAUCAGCACCACCAGCCACUAUAGCAGCCAGGCCCAGACCCCCAUCCAAGGCACCUCGGACUUGAACCCGUUCUCCGACCCCCGCCAGUUUGACCGCUCCUUCCCAGCGCUGCAGACGUUCACAGAGAGCCGCUUCCCCGACCCCAGGAUGCAUUACCCCGGGGCCAUGCCGGCCGCCUUCCCCUACAGCGCCACGCCCUCGGGCAGCCUCAGCGUGGCCAGCAUGCCCGCCACCGGCCGCUUCCACCACACCUACCUCCCGCCGCCCUACCCGGGGGCCCCGCAGAACCAGAGCGGGCCUUUCCAGGCCAACCCAUCCCCCUACCACCUGUACUACGGCGCAUCCUCCGGCUCCUACCAGUUCUCCAUGGUGGCGGGCAGCAGCAGCAGCGGGGGCGAGCGCUCCCCGACCCGCAUGCUGGCCUCCUGCACCAGCAGCGCCUCUGUCGCCACGGGCAACCUCAUGAACCCCAGCCUGGCCGGCCAGAGCGACAGUGUGGAGGCGGACGGCAGCCACAGCAACUCCCCUACCGCCCUGAGCACGCCGGGCCGCAUGGACGAGGCCGUGUGGCGGCCCUACUGACCCCCCCGGGGUCCAAGCAGACAGCUCCCGGCGGAGGCAGGGACCCCACGAACCUUCCGGACAAGUGGCUGGCCCGGCUCCGAAGCUCCGGGCAGGAGUGGGACUUACGCUCAGGCCAGUCCAUGGGCCCAGAGGCCACAAGGCCUGGGGCCUAGAGCUGGUGGGCGGCUCUGAGAGCAUCCAGUCCAGCCACGUCAUUGUACAGAUAGGUAGGGACCUCCCUCAGGACGCUGCCCCUAGCCCAGACCCUCGUCAUCUCAUCCCACGUUCCUGUGGGAAAGGUUAUCCUCCUGCUGCGCCCCCGGAAUGACCUGGCUGUCCCCAGCCAUGCCCGGUGCUAUCACAGGGCCCAGGUCCCCUGGGGCAGAGACCAUCUCUGUUCCAGAGAGAGGUGGCUUUUGCCCACACGGCUUGGCCUCUGACCCACGGGGCCCUGGAAAGACCUCCCCCACCCGCUCCCCUUCCUCAGAGACCCUGUACCCAUGGGCCCAGCCCUUCCUUAGCAUUUAUGCAAAUUGAAUCAGAACUGGAAGGUCUCUCCACCCCUGAAAGGGUUUCCCUUCAUUGUAUAGAUGGGGACAGGGUCCAUCCAAGGGCUCCUGGAAGUCAACUGGCAGAGAUGGGUUGAGAACACCCUCAAGCCAGUCUCCCCCCGCCCCGCCCCCGCUCCCA